GGAGUGGGCGGGUCCGUGGGUGGACAUGGGCGUGGCCUCGUGGGCGGUGGGCGGAGCCUGAACGCCCGCUCCGGUCGCCCGUGGAGACACCGGGAGCGCCGGUGGGAUCAUUACACUGAUAAAAUCAAAGCAAGCCGGACAGGUAGCAAGUCUGCCUAUGUAGAACUUCCCUGCUCCACUGAAAAUGUCUGGCAAAACAGCCACCACGACCAACAACAUUGCUCAGGCCCGAAGGACUGUGCAGCAGCUCAGGAUAGAAGCCUCAAUAGAGAGGAUAAAGGUGUCCAAAGCCUCGGCAGACCUGAUGCUGUACUGUGAGGAACACGCCAAGAAGGACCCGUUACUCAUGGGCAUUCCUGCUUCUGAGAACCCUUUCAAGGACAAGAAAACCUGCGUUUUGUUAUAGGAGAGGGGCAGCUCCUCCCCAGCCCACCUAGGCAAGGCCAAGCACCAACACUCCGUAAGGUCCCAACCGUUCCCUGGCUCGGAGCGGCUUCUCUUUUACCACAUGUAUAAGUCCUUAAGCUUUCCAGAGCAUUCCUUCUGAUCCCUAUCUUUAUUAGGAAGCUGAAUUCAUGUCUUUCCUGGCCAAGGGAAUGGGGUUGAGCCCAGGAGCAGCACUGGGGUCUCUGCCCAGGGUGGUCCUGGCUGCAUUUGCCAAGUCAAACAAGACCAAAGUUGCCUGAGCUUUGCUGAUAAAGCAGAGAUCAAGUUGUAGAGACCUGAUGGAACAUCACUGGGUUUACA